AUGAACUGUACGAAAGGGCAAAAUCUAUUCUACAAGAAGGGGGAUUUACCUUACGUAAGUGGGCGACAAAUAAUUCAGACUUGCGUAGCAAAAUUAGUCAAGAUGACGGCAAGGAUGAUACAAAUUCGAGCACAAACGAAGAUGAAUCCACCUACGCCAAAGCAACACUCGGUUCAUCAUCCAAGACUACUGUUAAAGGAACUGAACAAAAGGUGUUAGGGUUUCUGUGGAACCCUGAUAUGGAUGUAUUUAUCAUAAGAUGCCAAGAUUUAGUCAAGGCUGCAGAAUCGUUCCUGCAACCAAGCGAAGUAUUCUGAAGAUCAUUGCGAGUGUGUAUGAUCCAAUGGGAUUUAUAUAACCUGUUAUACUUCCUAUGAAGAUGCUCUUUCAACAGCUGUGUAUUGAAAAGGGCGAUUGGGAUGCUCCAUUAAUAUCGCAAUGUGAACGAAAGUGGCAGGGCUGGAUAACAGAGUUAAGAAAGAUUCCUGAGAUCAAGAUUGAUAGAUGCUGCAUAGAGGAGAACAUUUGUAAGGUAGAAUUACACGGAUUUUCGGAUGCCAGCAAGGGAGCAUUUGCCGCUGUUACUUACUUAAGAAUCGAAUCUGAAGAAUCUGUAAAGUUAACCUUAAUCGCCGCCAAGACAAGAGUAGCACCAUUGAAACAACAAAGCUUACCGAGAUUAGAGCUUCUUGGAGCAUUAUGUCUUGCAAAACUUGUAUCAGCUGUUCGGAAAGCCAUUGAGCCUGUCAUCCCUAUCAGUGCGAUCUACUAUUCGACUGAUUCAAUUACCACAUUGUAUUGGAUACAGGGAACUAGCAAAGAGUUUAAGCAAUUCGUGGAAAACAGAGUAGCGGAAAUCAGAGAAUUGAGUGACGCAGAGGGCUGGCGACAUGUACCUGGGAAAUCCAAUCCUGCAGAUCUACCAUCUCGAGGUGUUCGGUUGGAAGAUUUAGCUGAUAAUAGUUUAUGGUGGAAUGGUCCAACUUGGCUUCACGAAUCUGAAGAACAUUGGCCUCAAUUCAAGAAUGCAGAGCCUGACGAGGCCGCGGAGAAGGAAAAGAAGUUGAGCGAAAGAUCGUUAGCGAAGUCGGAUCGGUUCUACACACGUGUCAGUAAUUCAAGUUCAGAACAGGCGUAUAAAUCUAGAACUAUUAAUCGAUCCAAAAAGAUACAGUUCUUCAUUGAAAUUAUAUCGGGUUACAGCUCUGGUAUUAAGAUUUGUGAAAAUACUCAAACACAAAUGCAAGGCGGCAGAUAG